GCCGAAAUCCAGUCUGGGUUCAUUUCGUUUCGUAGCGGAAGAAGACGGCCUCAAUUUCUCUCCCCUUUUACUCUUCGUCUGCCUUCUACUUUCCCUCCCAUCUCCCCUCCCUCCAAUCGCCAUCUUUACUGUCGCCUUAGGCUGGCCGGAAGCCUAGCCCUCUCGUCGACUGCCCUUCCGCCGUUGAACUCCUGAUCUCUUCGUUGCCGGUGCCCUUUGCCGCCUCGAUGCGGCACCGGAGUUGAGGGAUGAUCUCGGAUUCAUCCGGCGUGUUCGCCGCCUUGCGGGCUCUUGAUAAAUUCGGGAACUGCUGACGUGGUCCGGAUCUCGUUGCUCCGCCGGCUUCUCAAGCUCGAGCCGUUGGCGCGCGGGUGAUGGUGGUCCGGUGGGGCUGAUUGGUAGGGGUUCUAUGGCAGAGGAUGGUUCCGGUAAGGUCGGGGCGGAUGGAUCUUGCGAUACAUCGAUCGAUGCUUAUUUGCGGUGGAAUCCUCGUUCGACGGCUUUCCGUCCGUAUGUUUCUCCUCCCCAAUCGUCCGGGGAGAACUCGUUGGAAUCCAGCGGAAGGGACACCAGCAAAUUUCGUGGGUUCUUCAAGAAAUCCCUUGUAGCAAAACUGACCAAGGGUAUAGUUGAAACUUUCCAAACAUGCAACCCUGCCUUUCGAUAUUCAGAGUCACUGAAUCAAAAACGAUUCCUAACCAAUCCAUCCACUGGGGUACUGAAUGAUGGUUUUGACAAUGCAAAUUCAGAUCUCAUCUUGUAUGUGAAUUUUGAGCUGGUCAACUCAGAAACAAAAGGAAGGUACAUUGUCAAAGAUGCCCUUGGCCAAGGGACCUUUGGACAGGUUGCCAAAUGCUGGGAUCUGGAAUCUAACAAAUAUGUUGCUGUGAAGGUUAUUAAGAACCAACCUGCUUACUAUCGACAGGCAUUGGUUGAGGUUUCUAUCCUGGACAUGUUAAAUAAGAAGUAUGAUCCUGAUGAUAAACAUCACAUAGUCCGGAUGCUUGAUUAUUUUGUAUUUCAUCGGCACUUGUGCAUAUCAUUUGAAAUGCUUGGCUCAAACCUGUAUGAAUUGAUCAAAAUGAACCACUUCAAAGGUUUGUCCCUGAGCAUUGUGCAGGCAUUCUCAAAACAGAUCUUGCAUGCAUUGAUUGUCAUGAAAGAUGCUGGUAUAAUUCAUUGUGAUAUGAAGCCAGAGAACAUACUCAUGUCAACAAGUGUGAAGCCUCCACAAAUAAAAGUUAUUGAUUUUGGAUCAGCUUGUAUGGAAGGUCGAACAGUCUACUCUUACAUACAGAGCCGCUACUAUAGGUCUCCAGAAGUUCUUCUUGGUUAUCCAUAUACCACUUCAAUUGAUAUGUGGUCAUUUGGAUGCAUUGUUGCUGAAUUAUUUCUUGGUUUGCCUUUGUUUCCUGGAGCCUCUGAAUAUGAUCUCCUGAAGCGGAUGAUAGAGAUACUUGGUGGACAACCACCUGAUAGCUUGCUUAGGGAUGCUAAAAAUACUAGCAAGUUCUUUAAGCAUGUUGGGAGUAUUCAUAGUUCAGAGCAUGAUGGGACCUCCAAGGGAGGCAUUAGUGCUUACCGUAUUCUGACCGUGGAGGAAUAUGAAUCAAGAGAGUCAAAUAAACCAGACAUUGGGAAGCACUACUUUAAUUUUGUAAACUUGGACGAUAUCAUUGACAACUACCCAUACAGAAGAAAUUUGUCAGACAAAGAGAAGUUAAAAGAAAGCUUAACCCGCUUAGCCUUGGUUGAUUUCUUGAGGGGUCUUGUUGAAUUUGACCCAGUAAAAAGAUGGUCACCUUUGCAGGCUUCUGGUCAUCCAUUUGUCACUGGAGAACCAUUUGAUUGUCCCUAUAAACCACCCCUCGAGUCUCCAAGAAUUCCAGUCAUGCAUACUGUAACGGUGGAUCACAAUCCAGGAGGUGGUCAUUGGCUAGCUGCUGGUCUUUCUCCUCAGGUCGUUUCAAGUGUUAACAAAUAUUCAUCACAAAGUCCUCACGUUCACAAGGUGCCUAUGUCUUAUGGCAGUAGUUAUGGCAGCUUUGGGAGCCAUGGUAGCUAUAAUGAUAAUACAGGACUAGGAAGCAGUUAUGGAAGCUAUGGCGACGUUAAUAAUAUUCAUGCCUAUAAUUCACCACUAGCUCCAUCUGGGUUCAAUGUGCAUGUACAAGUUGGAGGACCAUUUCUUGGAGCUAGUCCAGAUGCAAGGCAUAGGUCGCAGUUUUCUCAUGGACAUGGGUACAGUGUUAGCCCUUAUGGAGGUCUGGGACCAAUGUCCCUAGGAGUAAGUCCUUCUCAGUUUACUCCUCCAAGUUCCCAGAUGCAGAUUUCAUCAGCUUCACCUGGAAAAUAUGGUCCAACAUCACCAGUUGGAGGUGGUUCUCGUGGUAUCUCAUUGAGUAAAGCAGCUGUUGUUGGCCAGUAUAAUAAGAGAGGUGUGGGCUACUCGUCCAUGUCUGUGCAGCCUUAUGGAAGUGCAUCUGAACAUGGACAAGGAUUUUCUAGUGAUGGCAUGACCUCUAAUCAUCCUGAGACUCAGUCUCUUGGACAUGGUGGUCCUUAUGCUGCAUUUUUAGCUUCUAGUCAUACUAACUGGAGGCAACAGUUGGGAGGAGCAAGCGGCUUUUGCAGUUCAACUUCUGUCAAUCUGAAAGGUUAUCCUGCACCUUAUAUGCAUAACUCCAUGACUUCUCAAAGAUCAGAAGUUCCAUUCGAUAUAACAGAAGGAAGUUCAUCUGUGCCUCAUCCUGGAGAAUGGGACCCUGGUUACAGUGAUGAAUCUCUUUUGCAAGAGGAUAAUGGAGACAUCAGCUCACUAAGCACUGAAUUUGUGAAUUGUGUGCACCUUGAUGACCCAUCAGAUGUUACUAGCUUUUCAAGUGGAAAUAACAGAUAUAGCCAUGGUCAAAAUCAAGCUCGCCUAAAUUCAAAAUUCCUGUCAUCAAAUCAAAGAACAGAUGGACUUCGUCAGACAUAUUCACAUGUUGAAGGCCCUUCUACCUCUCAUGAUGUACGCGGUGGAAAUGGCCGUCCACUCCAAUUUUCACAAAACUUUCCAAGUCGUUUUGGACAACAAUCUACUCAUCGGUAUAAUUAUAUGAACCAGUCCAUUAUGCAUGGUGAAAGAAACCAUCAAUAUGGCCAGCCAGCUUAUUUAAAUUACAACAUAACAGAUUCUCAUUCUUCUACCAAUGCUAUGUUCAGCAAUAGCAUGCCAUGGGGGAGGAGGGGUGGACAUCCAAUGACAACAACCCUACCAGCAGCUCAUUCAAGAAAGGACUAUGGAAAGAUUUAGCCCUUCCAAAUGGGAUAAUUAUUAGUUGCUAGCACUGAAAGAUUGCUUGCAGUUGCUUUGCUUGUGUUGUUUCUGCCUGUCCUUUAAUUGGGUUGUUGAUACAUUGUGCUUCACAUAAUGUUUUGCCAAUGUGGUAUCUUUAUAUCAUCUUUGGCCGUAUCAUCUUUGAUGGAUUUCACAAACAUCAACAGUGUGCUGCACUUUUAUCAUUCAAAGCCAUUUUUUAAUUUCUUUUUGCCA